AGGUCAGAAGGCACCCUCUUCUGGGCCAAUGGCUCUGGAGACAGUGUGCUGAGUACUGAUGGUGCUGCCAUGCCUCUUCGGUUCCUUGUUCUGAGGAUCGUGGUUGUACUGGCCUACGGACUUGUAGGUACCAUUGGCUUGCUGGGAAAUUUGGCUGUACUGUGGGUACUAGGUAACUGUGGUCAGCGUGUGCCUGUCACCUUUGUCUUCAGCCUGGCUCUGGCAGAUUUGAGGCUGGCCCUCAGUCUCCCUUUCUGGGCAACCAAGUCAGCAAUGGACUUCCACUGGUCUUUCAGACGUGCACUCUGCAAGAUGGUUCUGACGACCACCGUCCUCAGCAUCUACGCUAGCACCUUCCUAAUCGCAGCACUGAGUAUUAUGCGAUACUGGGUGGUGGCCAUGGCUGUGGGACCAGGUAGUCACCUUUCAGUCUUUUGGGCCCGUGUGGUCACCCUGGUAGUGUGGGUGGCAGCUGCCCUGGUGACUGUGCCCACAGCAAUCUUUGGGGCUGAGGUUGAGUUGGGCGUGUGCCUCUGCCUUCUGCAUUUCCCAAGCAGAUACUGGCUGGGGGCUUACCAGCUUCAGAGGGUAGUUCUGGCCUUCAUCGUGCCCUUGGGCAUCCUUACAACCAACUACUUGUUGCUGUUGGCCUUUCUACAGCGGCAGCAACAAGGCAGGCAGAUGCAGUGGCAGAACAGGCGAGUGGUAGCCCGCUCUGUCCUCCUAGUGGCUUCCUUCGCCCUCUGCUGGUUUCCCAACCAUGUAGUCACUGUCUGGGAAAUUCUGGUAAGGUUUGACCUGGUGCCGUGGGACAGUACUUUCUACACCAUCCAUAUUUACGCCCUUCCAGUGACCACCCGCUUGGCACACAGCAACAGCUGCCUCACCCCAGUGACCUACUGUCUCCUUCGGCGGAAGCCCCAGCAAGUUCUUGUCAGCUCCUUCAGAGCUUUCUGGUCAAGACUGUGGCCCCAGAGCAAGGCCUGCAUGGAACAAACGGCCCUCAAGGAGGUAGGUGGGAGACAGGCAGCCAGCACCCAGGAGAGUGGCUCUUCUACAACACACAAAAACACAACUGAACAUCUCCUUUCUGAGACCUAUCAGGGGCAGAGCCCAGAGAUUCUAGGGAGGAGCUGCUCUCUCGGCCGCCUGGCCAUGUCCCCAGGAAAAGUCUGAUCUUUGGUCUCCUACUCUGGGUGUGACAGAACCGAGAAGCUGGAGUCCAAACAGGAGGUGGAUGUGGCAAAGCUUAUCUCUGGAGAUGGCAAAGAGGAACUGAGAAAGAACCAGCUUAUUCAGACUGUCUUGACCUUUCUCUACAAGUACUUCACAGGAUAACUUCCAUCACUGGGCUUAGACUAACAGGUUCUCCCUGUCCUAGUCACUUUAGAACAGGGCACCCAUUAUCCCUCUUCCGUGCCCAAAACAAAAAUGUAUUCUCUGGUCACCACAGCCUCCUCUCCAACAUCAGCUUGUCGUCUCUGGGGUCCCCACAGAGACACCGCAGCCUCCUCCCCAACAUCAGUUUGUCAUCUCUGGGAUCCCCAGAGAGACACCGCAGCCUCCUCCCCAACAUCAGUUUGUCGUCUCUGGGGUCCCCACAGAGACACCGCAGCCUCCUCCCCAACAUCUGUCCAUAGUUUUGCUGCCACAGGAUGCAAGGAUGGAGCUCUCUGGAAUCUUGGUUACCCGUCAGACACUAAGUGUAUAGCCUUUGAGAAUAGUGAAAGGACCGGUCUCUUUGAACCAAGGCCUGGGAAAGCAUCACAAGGGAAAGCCAUGGGUGGAGGGAGUCAAGAGGUACAGAAAAGGUUUGGAGGCUGAGGGUCAGAAACCAGAGGCCUGACUGAGUAUAUCUGCCACGUGUCAGAGCAUGUUUGCUGGAACCUUUCCUUCAGGCAAAUUUCUUCUACAAGUCAGUUCUCUCCUUUUAAAAUUGGAGACAGGGUUUCAUGAUACCCAGGCUGGUCUCAAACUAUAAAGCCGAGGGAGGGUAGCUUGGAACUCUUUAAUCUUGAUCCCAAACGGGAAUUCAAGUUGGGCUUUUCAGAUCAUUUUUGCCCACUCUCCCUUCUUUCCUGUGUGUGUGUGUGUGUGUGUGCAUGUACAUGUGUUCACACUUGCAUGUGUGAAUGUCAGACAUAAGGUUUCUUAAUUUCCUUGUGUAUGUUUGAGACAGGGCCUUAUUACCUAACCCUAGCUAUCCUGGAAUUCACUGUAUAGACAAGGCUGUCCCUUGAACUCACCUGUGUCUGCUUCCCAUGGGCUGGAAUUCCAGGCAUGUGCCAUCACACAUUGCUUUAUUAGAAAAAUUACACUUCAUUUAAAUGUUUUUGGACGAGGAGACACAAUCGAAACGCAUGUGGCAAUCAGGGCAGCUUCGAGUCUGUUCUACCCUUGC